AACCCGCUUUCCAGAAUGGCUAAAUCGUCAUCAUUGUUCUUAUCUCUUUUUCUUUUGAUUGCCGCCGCCGCUUGCUUUUCAUUGGUGGAAUCUCGUCCACCAUUUGCAUGUGAUCCUCGGAAUGGGUUGACGAGGAGUUUGAAAUUUUGUAGGGUGAAUCUGCCGCUUCAUAUGAGGGUUAGGGAUUUGAUUGGGAGGUUGACAUUGGCCGAGAAGAUUAGGUUGUUGGUUAACAAUGCUAUUGCGGUGCCGAGGCUUGGGAUUCAAGGCUACGAGUGGUGGUCCGAGGCUCUUCACGGCGUCUCCAAUGUCGGUCCUGGAACGAAGUUCGGUGGCGACUUCCCUGGCGCCACCAGCUUCCCUCAAGUCAUCACAACUGCUGCUGCCUUCAACGAAUCUCUAUGGGAGCAAAUCGGACGGGUGGUAUCGGAUGAAGCUAGAGCAAUGUAUAAUGGAGGAAUGGCCGGUUUGACAUACUGGAGCCCCAAUGUUAACAUAUUCCGAGACCCGCGGUGGGGCCGAGGCCAAGAGACUCCCGGAGAAGACCCUGUUUUAGCCGGAAAAUACGCGGCCAGAUAUGUCCGUGGCCUCCAAAGUCCGACGGGGACCCGCCUCAAAGUGGCUGCCUGCUGCAAACAUUACACCGCAUAUGAUAUUGAUAAUUGGAAUGGUGUGGACCGAUACCAUUUCAAUGCCAGGGUUAGCAAGCAAGACCUGGCGGAUACAUAUGACGUGCCGUUCAAGGCUUGUGUGGUGGAAGGGAAAGUUGCCAGUGUAAUGUGUUCUUAUAAUCAAGUCAAUGGGAAGCCCACUUGUGCUGACCCUGAUCUACUCAAGGGUACCAUCCGAGGUCAAUGGGGCCUUGCUGGGUAUAUUGUAUCAGAUUGUGAUUCGGUUGGUGUAAUGUAUGACACUCAACAUUUCACUGCUACCCCAGAAGAGUCUGCUGCAGAUGCCAUCAAAGCAGGUUUGGAUUUGGAUUGUGGACCAUUUUUGGCGAUCCACACUGACAUGGCGGUGAGGAGGGGCUUGAUAUCUGAGACUGAUGUUGACAUGGCUCUAGCCAACACUAUUACAAUCCAAAUGAGGCUGGGCAUGUUUGAUGGCGAGCCAUCAGCGCAGCCAUAUGGAAACUUGGGUCCGAGAGAUGUUUGCACCCCGGCUCAUCAACAACUUGCUCUCGAGGCUGCCAGACAAGGCAUAGUUUUGUUAAAGAAUUCUGGGUCUCUGCCAUUGUCCACUACACGUCAUCGCACCGUUGCUGUUAUCGGACCCAACUCUGAUGUCACUGUAACAAUGAUAGGAAAUUAUGCCGGAGUGGCAUGUGGUUACACAAGUCCUUUGCAAGGUAUUGCAAGAUAUGCAAGGGCCAUUCAUCAACCAGGCUGUUCAGACAUUGCUUGUGGCACAAACAAUCAGUUUGAAUUAGCGGAGGCAGCAUCCCGCAAUGCAGAUGCAACCGUACUUGUAAUGGGGCUUGAUCAAUCUAUAGAAGCAGAAUUCAGGGACAGGAAAGGGCUGCUCUUGCCUGGACUCCAGCAAGAGCUCGUUUCCCGUGUGGCUCGAGCCUCUAGAGGCCCAACCGUGCUGGUCCUGAUGUCAGGUGGUCCUAUUGAUGUCACGUUCGCUAAGAAUGAUCCUCGAAUCAGUGCCAUUAUAUGGGCUGGUUACCCAGGCCAAGCCGGUGGAACUGCCAUUGCGGAUGUUUUAUUCGGAACAACCAAUCCAGGUAAUCUUUCAUUUUCAGGACAUUUUAACGUCGAAUUCCCACUUUCCAAGCUAAUUUUCAUAUAUAUAACAGGAGGAAAGUUGCCAAUGACAUGGUACCCACAAGAUUAUGUUGCUAAAGUCCCAAUGACAAACAUGGGGAUGAGGCCAUCAGGAGGCUACCCUGGAAGAACCUACAGAUUCUACAGGGGACCUGUAGUGUUCCCCUUUGGUCAUGGCUUGAGUUACACAACCUUUAGACAUUCUUUAGCCAUAGCUCCAACUGAUCUAUCCGUACUUCUUGAUACCAACCUGUUUGCCACCAAAAACUACUCGUUGUCAAGUAACGCCGUAAGGGUGAAACACGCAAAAUGCGAUUCACCAUCGUCGCUUUUUCACAUUGACGUGGAAAACACCGGCAAUAUGGAUGGAACUCACACCUUGCUCGUUUUCUCUUCACCGCCUGCCGGACAAAAAUGGUCUCUAAACAAGCAAUUAAUAAGUUUCCGUAGAGUUCACGUCGUCGCCGGGUCUAAACAAAGGGUGAAGAUCAAUGUUAACCCCUGCAAACACCUUAGCGUUGUCGAUGAAUUCGGAAUUCAAAGGAUUCCAAUGGGUUCACAUAGUUUACACAUUGGUGAUCUCAAGCAUUCUAUUUCUCUCCAAGCAAAUCUGGAGGGCAUUAAGGCCUGAACUCUGAAAGAGUAAAAACAUACUACAACUUAAGAUAAUUUUAAUUAAUCUUUAAGUUCACAUAAGAAAUCUCUCUCAAAUCAAAUGAGAAAAAAGAAAAAGCUCAAACAGUUUGGGAGAGUUUCACUUUCAGCUGCACUUCCAAA